AUGGAAAAUCAAAUUCCUUUUCCUAUUAUCUUGUCCUCUCUUGUCUUCUUAUUGGUGCUGCUGAGAAUAUGGAACAAAUCAGAAAACCAUAAGUCAAAUUCUGUUGUUGCUCCUCCCUCCCCAUGGAAGCUACCACUCAUAGGAAACAUGCAUCAAAUGGUUGGCUCUCUGCCCCAUCACCGCCUAAGAGAUUUAGCCAACAAAUAUGGACCUCUUAUGCACCUUCAGCUUGGUGAAUUGUCCACCAUUGUCAUUUCUUCUCCAGAAGUUGCCAAACAAGUAAUGAAAGCCCAUGACAUUGCUUUUUCCAGUCGACCUGCUGUCUCUGCUGGAGAGAUCGUCUUAUAUAACUUUAAGGAUCUCGUAUUUGCACCAUAUGGAGAUUACUGGAGACAGAUGCGUAAAAUCUGUACAAUAGAGCUGUUGAGCGGAAAAAGAGUUCAAGCGAUGCAAUCCAUCAGAGAGGAAGAGGUAUCAGAAUUCAUUAAAUCUAUAUCUUCGAAGGCCAGGUCAAAAAUCAACCUCAGCGAUUCGUUGAUUUGUUUGACAUAUGCAAUCACUACAAAGGCGGCAAUUGGUGAGAGUUGCGAGAUGCAUGGUGCAUUUGUACCACUUGUAAGAGAAAUAAUAGAGGUUUUUGGAGGUUUCAAUUUGGCUGAUAUGUUCCCUUCCAUAAAAUUGUUUCAUAUGAUUAGCGGGAUGAGGACUCGGCUUCAGAAGCUGCAUCAUGAAGUCGAUAAGAUACUUGAAAACCUCAUCAAUGAACAUAAAGUUAAGAAGACAAAAAUUGAUUCUAGUGAGGAAGUUGCCGACAAUUUUGUAGAUGUUCUCUUGAAUCUUCAAGAGCAUGGAGGCUUUCAGUUCCCCUUGACAUCAGACAACAUCAAAGCAGUUGUACUGGACAUUUUCACUGGUGGGAGUGAAACAUCGUCUACAACUAUAGAAUGGGCUAUGUCAGAAUUGAUAAAGACUCCAAGAAUUAUGGCAAAGGCUCAAUCAGAGGUAAGGCGGGUAUUUGAUAAACAAGGAUAUGUAGAUGAAGCCGGACUUGAAGAACUAGAAUUCUUGAAAUUAGUUAUCAAGGAAACUCUAAGGUUACACCCUCCUCUUCCAUUGUUACUCCCAAGAGAAUGCAGAGAGGGAUGUCAGAUUCUUGGAUAUGACAUACCGGUCAAGGCCCAAAUCAUUGUUAAUGCAUGGGCUAUUGGAAGAGAUCCAGAUUAUUGGAUUGAUGCCGAGAAGUUCUAUCCCGAGAGAUUUGUCAAUAGUUCCAUUGAUUACAAGGGAAAUAACUUUGAAUUUAUUCCAUUUGGUACUGGAAGGAGGAUGUGCCCUGGCAUCUCAUUUGGAAUAACAAUCGUUGAGCUUACACUCGCAAAGUUACUUUACCAUUUCGAUUGGAAGCUCCCAAUCAACAUCAAAGGAGAAGAACUAGACAUGACGGAGAGUUUUGCUGCUUCAGUUGGAAGAAAAAAUGAUUUGUAUGUAAUCCCCAUUCCAUACCAUGCUACAAUUGCUUAUUAUGCUAGAAAGAUUCCUUUAAGUGCAGACAAAGCAGCCCCAGCAAAGAUAAUAAUGGCUUUUAUUGCGAUUUUGAGAUUAGAAGAAUUUGUGAACGAAACAAUUCCUACAAUAGGAAGAGCUCGGGAGUUGCCACCAACUGUACGUUUGGUGCAUUUGGCUGCCACAAAAAUAAAAGAGUACGUUAAAUGUGAGGUCAUGACGGAGAUGGAGGUAGCUGCGAGAGAUGGAACUGGAGGUAGUAGCUUAUACGUUCCAGUUGGAGAACAGAGAAAGAAGUGUAGAAAGAAGAGAGUUAAGAGGAAAUGA